AUGAGUGUCCCACGCGCGAGGUUGCUGGACCUCAUGAAGGCCCAAUGCGAAGUCUUUGCGGCAACAUUCAAUCCUGAGGGAGUGCGGACGGGAAACAAGAUUCUGCGACAGCGUCUGAAGGGACCUGCUCUUGCAUCCUACUACCCGCGCAAGGUCCUUACCGUCAGAGAUGUCCAGAGAGAGUUUGGCCCGGAACUCACGACCCUCGACCUGGAAGAGAUGGACCGUUUGGAGCACAUUGCCGGUCUGAAGGCCAGAGGCAAGAGUGCGCCUAAGAAGAAGAAGACGAAGACUGAGCCGAAGAAGAAAUAA